AUGCCCGGUCUGAUCGCGUCUUCGACGGACGCGUCGCCCCUCUCGAGCCUUCCUGCCGAGUUGAUCCUCAUGAUUGCCGAGUUUCUCGAGUACGAAAAUCAGAUCAACAAUUUUUCACGCGUCUCUUGUCGCUUCUACCACCUCUUGAAUCCUUUUCUUUAUCGGCAUGACGUGGUGUCCGGAAGCAGGUUGGCCCUUAGAUGGGCAUCGACGCACGGCCAGGAGCCGGUUGUCCAAAAAGCCUUGAAAGCCGGCGCAACCCCCACUGUAUAUGACGCGGCUUCAGCUGCUUGCAACGGCCACGAUCAUCUUUUGAAGCUUUUCAUAGAGCGCGGGGUGGACCUCAAUGCUCCGAUGCACUACCGAGGCAACCUCGCAGAUCCCUACAGCAUCAGCAGCACGCUAUUGGCGAAUGCAGCCAAUUCCGGCCAUCAAUCCACCGUCCGUCUGCUCCUGGAGUCAGGAGCGAAAAUAGAAACACCCCCGGGAAGCGAUGACGAGCCUCCCGCUUUGAUACAAGCCGUCUAUUGGAGACGUCAUGAGGUCGUGAGGGUCCUUGUCGAUGCCGGCGCUGACGUUAAUGCUACAGAUAAUCAUGGGCUUACCGCGCUGUAUUUUGCUGCUUCUCGCGGACAUAUCGAUACCGUGAAAUUCUUGCUUCAGAGAGGGGCAGAUCUCGACAAGGGUCCAAAUGGUAUCCUGCCCAUUUCUGCUGCAGUGCAGGAGGGCCGCAUUGAUAUCAUCCAGUGUUUGCUUGAUCAUGGUGCCAGCGUGCGCUACAAUCUGCUUGUACAUGCUGCAUACAUGAAUCAUGCUAGCACUGUUAAGCUUUUGCUAAGGCAUUUGCAGGCUAUGCCGGAUAGUGAACUCGAACCAGAACAGCUUGCGCUUCUUGCUGCUGGAACUGGCUUGACUCCAAUCAUCACCGAGUUAAUUAAUCGGGGCUGGGAUGCCAACUCUUAUUCAGUGACACGGCAAACUGAGGAGGAAACCCAUUUUGUUACCCCAUUGCUGUACGCUGCCAAAAACGGUCAUGUGGAUAUUGUCCGUCUGCUCUUAUCCCACGGAGCAAACCCAAACCGCGACAAUCAUGAUUACGAUCACCCCUUGAUCAGUCCCCUGCGACAUGCCGUGGAGCAGGGCCACGAGGACGUGGUACGAGUCUUGUUAGAACAUAAUGCCAGCCUCUACAUCUCCGAAGUGCAUUACAUACUGAACGAUGCUAUCCCGCAUGAUGCCAUCUUCAAGCUUCUCCUAGAUCACGAGGCAGAUCCGCAUGAACUAGAUCUGGAGGCCGUUAUGCUUGCCGGGGAUCCAGCAAAGCUCCAGAUCCUGAUAGACGCGGGCCUCGACUUCAAGCUCCGUGGUUCCCGGCUUGAUUCAGAGUGUUCAACCACCAAAUCGUUUCCUAUAGUUCUUGCAAAAAGCAACGAGGCCAUUGUCCGCACUGUAUUUGCUCAUGGCCAUCGCCCUGUACCCGUCGGCAAGGGCUCAGAUUAUGAUGAUAGCUUCUACCUGCAAGCAGCUGCUCUCGAGGGUAACGUUGCGCUCUUCGAAUGCCUGAAGGAAAUCGGCUUCGACGCUCGCAUACACUGCAAUGGAUACCGUCUUUUCGAGAACGCAGCAUGCGUCGAAGACUACCACGCUGCCGGGGCAACGGUCGACUGGCUCCUCCAGCAGGGCGUCGACAUGGAGAGCCGCGGCCCCUUCGAUCGAACACCCCUCUUAUCCGUUGUGCAAAACUCCAGAAUGGACCCGAUCCACGCAACGAGGGUUCUGCUCGACCGUGGCGCAGAUCCAUGCUAUGAAUCGGAGGACGAGGAUUGCCCGCUACUGCAAGCUGUGGUCCGCGGAGGAAACCUCGCUCUUUUGGUUGACCUCAUCGAUGCCAUUGACCGCAAGGGGAAUAUCCCCUUUAGUGUUUUGGGGCCCCAGAUCCUCCGUGCGCUUUCUUUUAUCGAGGACGAGGACCCACCGCUUCCCGGGUCGACAUUGUAUAGAAUCGAGAGGAUGCUGAACAACUUUUGGUGGCGCAAGUUCUCUGAACGGCCCCGGGAAGAAUGGGGACCCGGGGUGUCUGAUUGGGCAAUAUGA